AUGGGUUCUCUUAUGGCAGGAUGGGACUCUCACGUCUUGGAUCCUAAAUCAGAGACACUUGAAAGGAACCGGUCGCUUACCAAAGAAGAAAUUAGUGCUUUCUGGAGAGCAAAGAAGGAGAUAGAGGAAGAACACCUCAAAGCUGUUUCCAAGGUAUCGGAGACUAUUCAGACCAGCAAAUGCGAGGUUUCUAAUAAGUUGCAUAAGUCAAGUAUGGUGCACUUGGCCCGUACGAAGGAGGAGUCUAAAGGUAUGGAAGUUGACGCAAGUUUGGAGCAUCUUAUCAAGAAAAAUGACUGGUGGACCAAGAGUAGCUGGGCAUUUCUGAAUGAACCUCCAGUGACGGAAGCUGCUUUCAAUAAAUAUGCAUCACAGUUUCACGUAGCCAAAUUGGGAUCAUCAAGAGAUGGAAUUAGUGCUUGA